AUGGCCUUCCAGACAAACGUCUUUAGAAACGGUGCUUGGGUGACGGAGACUAUUGACCUCCAAACUGUUCUGAGGGGCUCAACCACAAAUACCUCCGCUGUCGCUCCUUCACUCCCCGCUCCGCCAAGCUGUGGUAUCUUGACGAGAACUGUCAUCGAUAGCCCCAUUGCUCGAUGGGUCUUGCCUGCUCGCCUAAGGUCUGCACAUCAUAACGAUGUUGCCUUCGUUGGGGAUCGUUAUGUGAGCAUCAAUGAGUUGCGCAAGGAUGGACAGCUUCAGGAGGUGCUGCGCAAGAACGACUUUGGCUGUCGUAUUCGAAAUGCGCUUGUUAUUGGAAACAAGUACGAGCACUUUCGCGUUGUCCCAGACGACCCUGGCCAUGACCACAUAAAAAGUGAAGACGAAGAUGACGACACCCACAUGGCCGACAUUGGCUCUGGAUCUGGCAUCAGUACUUCUCAUGGACAGUUCCCACCGCACUUAUUGCUCCUCAUCCUCGAAUCAGGUUCCUUUGUCUUCCUCUUCAUCAAAAGAGAUGAUGAGAGAGACACCCUGGAGUUCGUUGCAUCGCCGUUCCACAACCCAGCAAGGAGAUUAGGCCACUUGGGAUUCCACGUAGCUGUCGAUCCCAGGUCUCGCUAUAUUGCAGUCGCGGACGCCCAGAACAAAUUUGUCGUUUACGAGCUAGAGUCCAUGGAGGCAAUGGGCGAUCAGUUGAUACUUGACAAGGCCAUUAAACCCAUUAGGGCGCACCACCCAAGAGCAGUCCAAGGUACCAUUCUCAAGAUGGAGUUUCUUUAUCCUCGUCCCGAGGACGAAAGCCACGUCAUCCUCCUUCUCAUCAUCGCAAAGGCCGAUAGGUCGAAGAUGGUCAUCUACGAAUGGGAGCGGGGAGAUGAUCUUGGCCAAGUGCUGGCCGAAGAAAAGCGUGGUCAUCGCAUCGCACCAGAACAUCGCCUCCCUCUUCUCAUCAUUCCUCUGACAGUGAGGAGUUCCUUUUUCGCAGUUUCCGAACACGCGCUUGGCAUAUGCAAGGACCCUCUUCAAGGGCCCCCUAACAUUGAAACAAUCAACCCUUUCACCCACCCCGCGAGCCCUUUUCAUCACGGUACUAGUGUACCCCUUUGGACAGCUUGGGAUAGACCGGUACGGAGGCGGCGCUACUACGACACUAAGGAUCUUAUCUACCUGGCUCGAGAAGAUGGUGUGAUUGUCUUCUUUGAAUUCAAUACGACGGAUAUCCUGGGCGCUGCUAUGAAUGUUGGCAGCUGCAACUGCAAUAUUUCUACCGCCUUCACCACAAUGUAUGACGCUUACUCUGACGUCGCCAUCGUCGCCGGUGACUCUGGCCCUGGGAUGGUCUUUCAGCUCAAACCUCGGGAGCCUCUCGUCGAGCUUGGAAGUAUCCCAAACUGGUCCUGCUCGGUUGAUUUCGUCACUACAGAUGCUUUGACGUCGUGGAAUCCUGAGACUGGUCCAAAAGGGAAGCCUGUAGUACCAUGGCGAGACAGAACGUUGGACCAUCUGACUGCUCCAGACAAAGUUCUUUGCGCCUCUGGGAAUGGACCGCAAGGCAGUAUCACAGAGCUUCGCUAUGGACUACCCGCUAAUAUUAUUUCUUAUUUUGAGCCGCUGCCAACGAGGAAAGUAUGGGUUUUUAGAACCGCAGACGGGACUUGGCCAUAUCAAAUGCUGAUGGCAAGCCCCGGGACUUCCGAAGUGUUACUAGUAUCAUUUGAUCUAUCAAACGCGGAGAUGGCUGAUCCAAUGACAACCCAAUUUGACACAGAGUCUCGAACUCUGGCAGCGGAGCAAAGCCGAGACAAUACCAUCGUUCAGGUAUCCGAGAAGCGUAUCAUUGCCAUCGACCAGAAUCACAGUUCAAGAUAUGAAUUAAGUGACUUUGAGGGUGUGGGUAGGAUAGCUGAGCAUGCAGCCGUCAGGGGUAAUUGCAUCUGCGUCUCAACCUUUGAAGAAUCUUGCUUCCGAAUCCACAUUUUCCGCACAGAAGGGACCGAAGUAUCCCUGACACAGACUUACCCUGUCGACGGCGAAGUUACGUGUCUAGCUCUCUGUUCUCUCGAUGGGCGGGAAUGCGUACUGGCUGGACUUUGGCGACAAAACAGCCCCUACUUGGCCAUCUUCCCGACAGACGUAACAGGAGAAAGGCCAGAGUUGAUACUGCUUACCGCGGACCAAGCAGCCCAUGAUGCGGAAGGAAUUGACGCAAUGGAUAUUGCCCCAACAAUCGAGUUGGUGACCACCAUCGUGUCGGUAGCAGAAUCAGCGGAGCAAACAAGUGUAGUCGUGGGUACCCGAAGCGGACACCUCAUCACGGUCCAAUUUACCGCGAAUCCCUUUCAACAUCAGAUUUUCAUGGAGAGACUGGGGACAGUCGCACUCGAAGUUGUACCUCUAGAAACGCCAUUGCUUCCUGGCUCGGUACUAGUUUGUUGCAACGACAAUCUCCUGCUUCUGAGGGACUUUGGGGCCAGACGGCUGGGUCAUUUUGCCACGAAGCAUCGGGUAUGGGCAACCGAUCUGAAGCACCCAGCGACGCCGUCGACGCCUAUCAUCUCUGCGGCGUGCAUUCCCGCCGAUUUGGGCGGUAACAACCGCGCGCCACUUGUACUUUUGUCGGGAGAGCGCAUGUCAUUUGUAGAGCUGUAUUUGCAAGCUGGGCCGGUUCCCAAGACACUGCCACUGCCCGGCACACCUGCCAAGGUGCUAUACUCUCAAACUCUACAGUGUUUAGUUGUUGCAGUACAGACUGGCAAGAAGCCGACUGUCCUUUUCUUGGACCCCGAGACCGGAGAAGACCUCUCUCUUCCACAAGACAAACAUGGGAAUGCAACAACAUUCAUCAGCGGCUUGGGAAACCAAGACGACAAAAUUCAUGCAGUAUACGACUGGCUUUUCGUCAAAGACGGCAUGACAUUUCAUUACCUCAUCGUCACGACAGCAGGCGGACGCCUGUUGCUUGUGUCUCCCAAGAAGGAAGAGAGUCAUGACCCUGAAGGCAAUAGGAGAACGAGGAUACGGUUCUCCACCAAAUACAGGAUAAAGGAAAAAGCGCCCAUAUAUUCUAUUGUCGGGGAUGACGACAGCAUUAUCUACUGUGCUGGAAAAGUCCUUCACUGGGACGUCCUGGACUCCGUCGAAAAGAGAUUGGUCCGCAAAAAGACAUACGAGCUGAACUCACCCGCCAUCUCACUACGGAUGGUGAACGGCAAGAUCUCGGCGCUCACCCUAAGCGACUCCUUGGUGAUCAUCGAUCACAAGGCAGAGAACACACACGGCGAAAUGACCCAGGUCCAUGCGGAUCAGGUAACGCGGAAGUCGAACCACUUCUUCGAUGUCGGAGAUGAUGCAGACCCAGAGCUGAGUUGGCCAGUGACUCUGCUGACGGGCAUGGAUCGGAGCUUCACGGCAGUCUGGACUCCUUGGAAACAGCCCAAGAGAGAGCUGGAACUUGUUGCGGAAGGACCGCUGCCCGCCAGCAUCAGGAAACUUCAGCGAGGCCGUGUGCGGCCGGAAUGGGUGGCGACAGAACAUCUGCCACGGUACGGUAGUAUACCUAGCACAGUAGACGGUGCUGAGGUGUUGGGCAUCUGUCUCGACGGCUCGUUGAUGCACUUCAGCCUACUCAACCUUCAAGCAUGGCGGUUUCUGCGACUUGUCGAGAACCUAGCGCUGAGAAGUCCACUGCUGUUUCCCUACAGCUACGAAGUGUCUGUCGUGGACAACGAGGAAUACGAUGCGGAAGCGAAAGACACGCCAAAGUCGAUGAAGCACAUUAAUGGAGAUUUACUCCAGCAGUGUAUCGACAAGCGGGUCCUUCGGGAGAUAAUGGAGGGAGACAGCAACCAUGACCUUUUGCGAGAGUAUCUGGACGGCUUGGAUGAUGGAAAGUGGACAGCAUCUUUUCAAGAAGACAACGACCCUCACCUCACGAGGUAUUUCGAUCUCGCUUACGACAUUUUGGAUUACUUUCUUGCGCCUGUUCUCUGA